AUGUAGAUGCACAAAUCGCCAAAGAAAUUUACAUUGAUCUAUUAGAAGGAUUAGCAAGAUCUAUACAUAACAGAUUGGAGCAAUACAAAUUAAUUUGCAUCUUUUAUUAGGAGCAUAUUCUGUCUUCCAACAAAUUCAAUAAUUUAUCUCAAAGAUAUAGUCACAAAUAAUAUAUUCGACUUAGCUGCUUUCUUUUGUCAAGAGUUUUAUCCAUAGAAUACUUACCAGGUUAUAUAUGCACCCACUCCUAGUACCUCAACUCCCAAUAAGCCUCGAUCAAAUCAUACAAAUGGUUCUCAAUAUGGAAGUAGUGCAGCAGCUGAUUUUGGAGGAAGAGAUUCUUCACCUCACUAUAUAGCUGGAAGCGGAAUUAUGAAUGCAUCAAAGACAAAUAUCAGCAGUAACUAAUUCAAUGCAACAAACCCUAGGGCAAGUCGUUCUGCAAGCUAUGAUUUAAACCAUUAAAUUAAGUAUACAAAUAAUAAUAGUGUUUUACACUCAAAUACUAAUAAUAACACAAUCAUGCAAUAUGAUGACACACCUACGAAUAUGAGUAGAGUGAUACAUGACUUUGAAGCAUUCAUGCAUGAUACAGUGCCUGUUAAUUUUUACUGCGUUCUCUUCUUCGAUGACCAUGAACAAUUAAAGGAAGGAAAUUCAAUAGCCAAAUAAAUUAAUCAACCUUUCCCUAAUAUUGAAGUUUACUAUUCACUUUAUCCUUCAAAAAGAUCAAAAGGAGCUUUUGUUCCUUCUGAUAGCCCUUAUCUUUUCUAACUAUAUCAUGGAAAAGAAAUGAUUUUCGAAAGAGAAUUAUCAAUAAAAGAACCAAUCAACUCUGAGCUAGUUGAUGCAAUUAACAAUUUUAUAAAAAACACUCCUAAGAGUUCUUCAAUUGCAACUUAAUAAGAUCAUUUACUUACUUAGGAUUAACAAUAACAACCCAUCAACUUCUUUAAUCUCCCUAGCAAAACUUUAAUGUACUCUUCCUAACAACAAAAUUCUAUUCUACCACAUGAAUUCAAAUCAGACGAAUCUCCCAAUUUAGUCAGUUAGGAUAUCACAUUCGAACUUAUUGAAAUACUAUGCUAAUCAAGAUUUAGAGAUAUUUUUGAAGAUGAUGAAUUCAAAUAUAUUUUGAAGCAAGUCAAAAAAAAAAACCCAGACUUAAUUACAGCAUACUAAAAUUUUAAGAUUUUUAAUGACGAAUCUGAAUUACUUUAAUCGCUCAAAUAAAUAGCUGAAUAGUAUGCUAAAAAAAUGACUCCUACCAAAAUGGAUGUGAGCUUUGAAAAUAAGGAAAAAAGAUCUUCAUUAAAAAAAUUUAAAAAAGGGCUUAGCACUUAGAAUAAAAAGUGGGACUUAAAAACAUAUAAAGGUAUUAGAAAAUUCCUAAGAGAUUACAAUAAGAAUGGAAUCCUAUCAGUAGAAGAUGCAAGUAUAAUAGUUUACUGCGCACACCCAUCAAACACGAAUAAUAAAGAAUUUUUAAAUAUGAUUGAAACUCUUUAAACAUUUAACAACCCUGAUGUGAUAUUAAAAAUAUUUUAAGGAUAUGGCAGAAAUCUCAUCUAACGUAUUGUUGAAAAAUAUUUUGAAAAAAAAGAGGUUGACUAAAUUAAUAGCUUAAAGGAUGAUGUACUUUCUCCAAUAUGUGGAGCUUUCAUGAAUUUAAGAGCUUUAGGUAAUAUUGACGAGUUUCUUGAUAUUCUUUCUAAAAACUUAAAGUGCUUUGACUAGAAAGAAACUUCUUUUUCGUAUAAUAAUAACAUGAAUAACAAUAAUUAAUUAGUUAACUGCUAUAGUACAAUUACAAAUAACACAAAUACCCCUUAAUCUGCCCCAAUAAGUAAUGCACCAAAUCAAUUUAGCAUUCCCAUGUCAAAAGUUUAAUCUAAUUUAACUUCAGUUUAAGGAAGUACUCGUGAUCUUUAUUAAAAUUAAUAGUAACCUAUAGUUUAUCAAUCUAGAAUGUCACGCACUGAAAUUUCUAAUGCUUAAAUGACAUCUAUCCCAGAAUCAAGUGAAGUAAACUAUACAAAGGAAGAUAAUAAAGAUAAUUAGUAAAAUGUUUAAAUGGAUUAAAAUACUUAAAUUGCUCUUUUUGCUUACUCUCAAAUAGCCAAAAAGAAGAGUGGAGAGCGUAGACCAACUUUCAGUUUAGGUCUUAAUGGAAACAAUGUCACAAGAAGCAGAACUGAGUCUAGAAGAGAAUCUAAAAUAUAAACAAACACUUAAGAUUAGCAAAUCAUAGAAAUAAUUGAUUAAUUCCACUAAGCUAAAGACUAAGUUGAAUUUGAUGACAAUUAUUUUGAAGCAUUGAGAAAGUUGAGAAAUUAAAUAAAUUUAAAUCAACAACAAGAUUUGAUAUGUGAUAAAAUGUAUUAUAACAGAUACCUAGAAUUUGUAGAAAUAUUAGAAAAAAUUAAGCAAGAUCCUAACUACCUUUAGUAUGAACAAAAUAAAAAACUGAUUUUAAACUUAAUAGAAUCUAAAUCUCAAGAAUUCAAUGAUGAGGAAGAAGAGUCUCCUUUGUCAAAGAGUCCAAAAGUGAAAAACAGAAGAGAUAAAUACUUAAAAUUUAAGAAUUUACUUGACUUUUUAUUUGAAAAAUCAAGACUCAUUUCUUUAAAAGAAUUUAAUACUUUCAACUUUUUGUACACUAAAGAAGACAUUAAUGUUCUUUCAGCUUUUGAAGUCUAUUUACACGACUAAGAUUUAUAGGAUUUUACACAAACUCUUAAGCUAAUUGAUUAACUUUACUUCUUCAAAAAUCAUCUUGAUUACGAAGAAAUAGAAUAAUUUGAUGAGUCAACAAACAAGUAACUAACUAUCUUAUUCUACCUUAAGAAGUAUAUCAGCUAUGAAUAAGCUUAAGCUUUAGAAAAAUGCAUCAGAUUUGGUGAUAGUAUGCUCUUUGAACUUUACAAGAAAUUUAAGGAAAAUAGAGAUAAAUAGCAAUUCAUUGACAAGGUCAAAAAUUAUGCUAUCGAAAGGAAAUAAGAGCUAAAUGAAGCUGAAUAAAAGGUAAGGUAACAAAAAUAAUCAAUCAAUGUUGAACAAAUAUACAUGAGAGAACUUAUAGAUACUUUCCAUGAAAGACUUAUGAAAGAUGUUGAUUACGUUGACUUAAUUUAUGAAAUGAUAGAUAAUGAUGAUCCUUUGAUUAAAUCAAUUUUCGAAGUUUAUAAUUUUACUAAAGAUAAAUAAGACUUAGCUUAGAAUACAACUUUACUUUACAAACAUCAAUUCUUUAAAAAGCUUGAACAAAAGGCUAUGAUUGUGUUAAAAGAUCUGAAUUUGCUUAGAAAUGAAGAAAUAAAAGUAAUAGAAAAAAUAAAGGGCAAAGAUAUAGCUUUGGUAACAGCCUUUAAUUAGUACUUAGAAAAUAAAAACGAGCAGGAUUUUUCUGAGAGUGUCUACUAUUUGCAAUAUUGA